AUGGAUAAUUUGAAUGUUGGCAUUCUUGAUUUACCUGACGAAAUUUUGCUGACUAUUUUCAAGAAACUUAAUAAUAUUGAUUUAUUAUAUUCACUGAUAGGUAUUAAUCAAAAGCUCAAUAAGAUUGCAUGUGAUAUUAACUUUACUAAAGAUGUUGAUCUAACAACAGUAUUGACAAAUGACACGAGCGAUUCGAGACUUAAUGCAAUGGUUGAUCGAUUUUGCACAUAUAUAUUACCUCAAAUUCAUAAUAACGUGGAAUCUCUUAGUGUUCAAGCAUCGUUGUUCCAGCGUAUUAUUCGUGCUAACAACUAUCCUAACUUACACAAGUUCAUUCUUUUCAAUCUUGAAAUGGAUAUGAUUUCUCAUAUUUUUAAUAAAAAAUCAUUAUUUAUUCGUUCCUAUAAACAUCAAAUUUCACAUCUAGUAAUGACAAUCAAGGAUGCAUUUCGGUAUAGACCAUUAGAGAUCAUCAUAGCUCAAACUUAUGUUGCUAUUUUUGCUUGGUUAUCAAAUCUUCAGUAUUUAGAUUUAGAUGGUAUCGAUGGUAAUCUCUACUUACGACGAUUAUUGCGUGGUUUAUCUUUUUCGCGAUGUUAUACUUCCAACGUUGCUCAUUUACGUAUUAGAAUACACAAUUUUGAUGACUGUCUCUGUUUACUCGAUGGUCGUCUUAGUCAAUUACAUACAUUGAUUGUCAAGCUUGAUUAUGUCCGUCAUUCAACCAUAAUUAUAAAUAAUGACGUAAAGAAAUAUACAUAA